AAAGAAGGACGACAACCAACUUAACACGGUCGACAACAAAGGUAACCAGUUGGGGGACAGGUUACUCCUUCAUAACACCUAUCUAUCCCCUCUUGUAUAUCCCCUAGCCUUCGCCUGCGAGGCUUCCCCUGUACUAACUCUCCUCGUUCCCCUAUCUUCUUGUCACUCUUUGCCAUCCUUUUCCCUCGUUCGCUCUUUUUCACACGCGCGCCCAGCGUUUUCUCCCCACAAUGGAUGAUUCCAUGGUGGAGUCCGUCUUCGAGGACGAUGGAAGUUCAGACUUCGCCCCCGAACCCGCUCCUAAACCCAAAGCCAAGUCGGCUCCUAAAAAGGCCGCAGCUACCAAAGCAGCGACUAAAAAGCUCACUCAGACCAAAUUAACGGCCAAAUCCGCAGCGAAAGCGGCACCCAAGAAACGAACCAAGCCUGACAGCGACGAUGACAUGGAAGACGCUGACCGCAUGUCCGAUAUCGAUUCCAUCAUGUCUCACACUCCACCUAAGAAGGCCAAGAAAGCACCCGCUGCUUCGAAGAAAGGCGGGAACAAGCCGCUUGCCGACGUUGAGAACGAGUCGUUUGGAAAGGCCGAUUCCGCGGAGGCCCCUGAUGGUGUGGCUGUUGACGCAUCAGAGAAGUUCCAGAGGCUUAAUCCCCGCGAACACAUCCUUCUACGUCCCGAUACCUAUGUCGGAUCCGUCGAACGCACAGAGCAGCAAAUGUGGGUCUACAACUCAGAAAUGGAUGGAAUGGAAUAUCGUGAGGUCUCGUUCGUUCCAGGUCUCUACAAGAUUUUUGACGAAAUCGUGGUGAACGCCGCCGACAACAAACAAAAUGACGACAGCAUGGAUGAAAUUCGCGUGACGGUCAACCGGGAAGCAGGUGAAAUCAGUGUGUGGAAUAACGGCAAUGGUAUCCCCAUCGAAUGGCACAAAACUGAGGAUAUGUACAUCCCGCAGCUGAUUUUCGGCAAUCUUUUGACCUCGUCCAACUACAACGACGACCAGCAGAAGGUCACAGGUGGUCGUAACGGUUACGGUGCUAAGCUCUGUAACGUCUUCUCCACCGAGUUCAUUUUGGAGACUCAGGACUCGCGCCAGAAGAAGAGAUACAAGCAGACAUGGACCAACAACAUGAUGAACUGUGGAAAGCCUAAAAUUACAGACGCCAAGGGUGAAGACUACACCAAAGUUACAUUCAAGCCUGACUUUGCCAAGUUCGGAAUGACUGGCAUGGAUGAUGAUUUCGAGGCGCUUGUCAAACGUCGUGUUUAUGACUUGGCUGGAACCGCGAAGGUGGCUGUCAAGUUGAAUGGAACACGCGUUCCUGUGCGAAACUUCAAGAAGUAUAUGGAGAUGUACACCAAGGCUAUCAGGAGAGAGCGAGGCGAAGAGGGUGCGGGAACCAAAGAUGAGAUCAUCACCUGCAGCCCGGAUCCUCGCUGGGAGGUCGGUUUUGCUGUCUCUGAUGGCUCUUUCCAGCAAGUGUCGUUUGUCAAUUCCAUUGCAACCACCCAAGGAGGUACACACGUGAACUACAUCGCAGAUCAGAUUUGUAACAAGCUGUCGGAAACCGUCAAGAAGAAGAACAAGAACGGUGCUACUCUGAAGCCAGCUCAGAUCCGCAAUCACAUUUUCAUCUUUGUCAACGCACUGAUUGUCAACCCCGCUUUCACCUCCCAGACCAAGGAACAACUUACGACCAAAACGUCUCAAUUCGGUAGCAAAUGCGUUCUUGAAGAAGAUUUCUAUAAGAAAAUCCUCAAAACUGAAGUGAUGAAUAACAUUCUGCACUUCGCCCAGCAGAAGGCUGAUCAGAUGUUGAAAAAAAGCGACGGUGGUCGGCGCAGUCGCAUGAACAAUCCCAAGUUGACGGACGCCAACAAGGCUGGCACGAAGGACGGUCACCACUGUACACUGAUCCUGACUGAGGGUGAAUCCGCCAAGGGUUUGGCCGUGGCUGGACGAUCAGUUGUUGGGCCCGACCUGUUCGGUGUCUUCCCGCUUCGAGGAAAGCUGCUCAACGUGCGUGAUGCGUCCUUCGAUCAGAUCUCGAAGAACGCGGAAAUUCAGAAUAUCAAGAAUUUUAUCGGCCUCCAACAUAAAAAGGAAUACACCGACACCCGCGGCCUUCGGUAUGGCCACUUGAUGAUCAUGACUGAUCAGGAUCACGACGGUAGUCACAUCAAGGGUUUGCUCAUCAAUUUCCUCCAAGCUCAAUUUCCAAGUCUGCUGAAAAUUCCUGAGUUCCUCAUCGAGUUCAUCACUCCCAUUGUGAAGGUGUGGAAGGGUGAUCCCAAGAAUCCCACCAAACAACGCUCUUUCUUCACCAUGCCGGAAUAUGAGGCGUGGAGAGAAGAGCACAAGCAUGAACGCGGCUGGGACCACAAGUACUACAAGGGUCUGGGUACCAGCACCACUGAGGAUGCUCAGGUCUACUUCCGUGACCUCGACCGUCACUUGAAGGAAUUCCACACUUUGCAAGAUAAUGAGGCUCAGCUCAUCGAACUUGCUUUUUCCAAGAAGAAGGCCGAUGAACGAAAGGAAUGGCUCCGGCAGUUCAAGCCUGGAACGUUCCUCGAUCACACGGUUUCCAAAAUCACGUAUACCGACUUCAUCAACAAGGAGCUUAUUUUGUUCAGCAUGGCAGAUAACAUUCGCUCUAUCCCUUCGGUUGUUGAUGGUCUCAAGCCUGGUCAGCGCAAGGUCUUGUACACUUGUUUCCGCAAGAAUUUGAAGAAGGAUAUGAAAGUUGUCGAGCUUGCUGGUCACGUUUCAGGCGCGACUGCGUACCAUCACGGUGAUGCAUCCUUACAGCAGACCAUUGUCGGUCUAGCACAGACUUUCGUCGGUUCCAACAACAUCAACGUCUUGGAGCCUAGUGGUAACUUCGGUAGUCGUCUCCAGGGUGGAUCCGACUGCGCUAGCGCGCGUUAUAUCUACACUCGACUUUCUCCGUUUGCUCGCCGUGUCUUCCACCAAGCGGACGAGCCUCUCCUGACAUACAAUGUCGAUGACGGAGCUACGAUCGAGCCGGAGACCUAUGUGCCAGUUGUCCCUAUGAUUCUCAUCAACGGCGCUGAUGGUAUUGGCACAGGUUGGAGUUCUUCUAUCCCCAACUAUAAUCCGGAGGACAUUGUGGACAAUCUGAAGCGUAUGAUGGACGGUGAGCCGACCAAGCCUAUGCAACCUUGGUUCCGUGGCUUUACUGGCGAGGUCACCGACAUCGGUGGCGAUCGAUUCAAAUUCAGCGGAGUCAUCAAGGAAACUGGGGAGAAGGAAGUGGAAAUUACGGAACUCCCUAUCCGUACUUGGACUCAGGACUUCAAAGACAAAUUGGAAGACAUCAUCAAGGCCGACAAGACACCCUCUUUUAUCAAGGACUACAAGGACUACAACACUCACACCAAGGUUCAUUUCGUCAUCCAGCUAGACGAAAAGAAUAUGAAGGCCGCCUUGUCAGAAGGGUUGGAAGAAAAAUUCAAGCUUUCGAAGACCGUUGCCACGACUAAUCUAGUUGCCUUCGAUCCCGAGGGCCGGAUCACGAAGUAUGCUACAGUCGAUGAUAUUCUCAAGGAGUUCUAUGCCGUUCGGCUCAAGUUCUACGAGCGACGCAAGCAACACCAGCUUUCGGAGCUGCAAAAGGAUUUGGAUAGACUCAGCAAUCAGGCGCGCUUCGUUCAGAUGAUCAUCGAUGGGGACUUGGUCGUCUCAAAGAAGAAGAAGUCUGUUCUCGUUCUCGAAUUGAAGGACAAGGGUUUCAAGCCGUUCCCCAAGGUUGUUCAGGCCGUCAAGGCAGGCGAGACUGAGCCAGCUCUUGAGGAUGAAGAGGAGGCAGUCGACGAUACGGACGCUGACAGUCUUUCCAAUGCCUACGAUUAUCUGCUCGGCAUGGCCAUCUGGUCUUUGACACAGGAGCGUGUGGAGAAGCUCCGCAAACAAAUUGGUGACAAAGAGUUGGAAGUUGACACAUUGAUCAAGUUGUCCAAGGAGGACAUCUGGAGAAAGGAUCUGGACGAUUUCAUCAACGAGUGGCGAUUCCAGCUGGAGGACGAAGCCCGCCGUGAGCGCAAGGUCAUGCAGAUGGGUCGUCGUGCCUCGUCCAAGUUGAUGACUGCCGCCCGUGGACCCGUGGGUCGCAAGCGCAAGGCAGCUCUGGACGAGGACCCAGAUGACGAAGAUUUUGCUGCGCCGAAGACUAAGAAAGCAGCAGCGAAGAAGGCCGCACCCAAGGGAACUUUGCAUAAUUUCUUGAGCAAGUCACCUGCUAAACCCGCGGCGAAGCCAAUCGACGAUGACUCCGACGAUGAUUUCUUGGAGGUCCUUCCCAAGAAGAGCCGCGGUGGAGUGAAAUCUGAAUCUGUCGAGAAGGAAGACCCAAUUUCUGGCGAUUCUGACGUCGAAGUCUUGCCUAAGAAGAGCCGAGCCACUUCCAAGGCCUCCGCUAGGGUGAAGUCUGAAGACCCUGAAAGCUCCGAAGUCAAAGAAGCCCCCAAGCGCGGACGGAAAGCCAAGUCGAAGCCUGCGGAUGACGGUGACGACGACCUAGACGACGAUGCCUUCUUGGAAAUUGCCAAGGCUCAGGCUUCUGAGGCCGCGAAGUCUUCCCCGAAACCGGCGCGGGCGGCUCGCAAAGCAACCAAGUACACGGCCUUAAGUGAUUCGGACAGUGACAACUUAGAUGAUCUGCUGGGAGACGUGAGCAAGAUGGUGAAGGGAAUCGGUGGCACCGCGGGCGGGUCCACAUCGGAUUCUCUUCAGCUGUUCUCGGAGCGGUCCGGACCUGGCAGCCGCUCAGGACUGCAGAGUAGCACCAAGCCGGCCAAGGCCUCUCCUGACUUUGAUGCGGACGAGACCGACUACAGCAAGCUGGUCCCCCAGGGCUCGCCGCGGCGGUCCCUUCAAGUGAAGUCAAAGGAUCCCGUCACUGUUCUGGAUGAUAGCGAAGAGGAAGAGCCUGUGAAGCCAGUAGCUGCUAAGGCGAAGCCGGCCGCCAGGGGUAAGGCUGCUGCAUCAACUGCGGCGAAACCGGCAGCUAAGCCGCGUGGUCGCCCGAAGAAGGAUGCUACCACCAAGGCCGCAGCUGCAGCACCCACAAAGCAGACGACACUAUCCCCUGCUGCCAAGGCGUAUGCUUCUAAGCAGGCGAAGUCUAGCGCUGCUGCGAAGAAGAAGCAGUUGGCGGAUGAUCUGUCGGACGAUGAUAUCGAUGCCAUGGCCAAUGACAUUCUGGACUCGCCGGCGGCUCCCGUCAGUCGGCCUUCGCGACGCACGGCAACCACAAAGAAGAAAACGUAUGUGAUUGAUGAUGAUGAUGAUAGCGAUGAUAUUGUUGGGGGAGGUAAUGACUCGGGGGAAGACUUCGAAGAUAGCGAGUGAGUGGUGGGCAUGCAGGAGGGAUCUCGCGAUGCUGAGCGUCUAAGGGGAUUUCUGGCUCCGUCGGUGCAGUAGCCCUCUUCGUUGUCCUUUCUUUCUUUUUCAUUAUCAUUUCUGUUCUCAUUUCUUUACAACUGGAUCUAUAUUCUUUGUUUAUUAAUAGGAUGUGUUUAUAAAUUGCGAUCGGGAAGAGAUAUUCCUUGCAGGCGUUUUUGUGUAUCUGAUGGGUCGGUCGAUCCACUCACUCUAGUUCAAGGUUGGAUGGAAACGAAGCGGAAUGGACCGACAUU